AUGGAAGCUCUGAUCUACAAUGAAUCACCGAUCGCCGAAUAUUUAGAGGCAGACGCCAUUCCCUUCGAGUCCGCAGAUCCUCCCUCACCGACGCCCUCCGCCCAGACCUUUGCGCCUCGGGGACUGCCGAAGCUACGCGAACGACUACGGACCAUUCGUGAGACUGCUGCCUCGGUCACCGAUGUUGCAAACGAGCAGUUUCUCGAGCGUUUCCGCUAUACUAUUGUCGCGUCACAGCUAUUGUACGACGAUCCUAAGCCGAGAAGAUACACGCAAGAUGAACAGGGGGUCGACACGCAUCCGCUCUCGAUCCAGGGCGCUGUGAUAACUGCUGGGAUCUCCUUCUCAAUAGCUUUUGUUGUACAUCUGCUACGGCGGGGAUACACGACACCACAGUCCCUGCGGUGGACGGACAUCUCGACCUACACACUCCUGUUGCUAGGAGGCAGUGUCCUUUUGAUUUAUCUCGUUCGCCGUCAGUACCUCGACUUUAUCCGGCGGUCUGCUGGCUCGGCUCUGAGGAAGGCGGUGUCGAACUGGGCUCGGUUCGACGCUACUGCUGGAGAAGCGCUCCGAUUCGUGCAGGAGGUGGAGAUUGUCUCUCGGGGCUAUGAAAUCAGUCAACCCUUGCCUCCGAUCAGCCGGCUCGAAGACAGACUCCCGUCAAGUCGCUGCCGUGAAUUGCGGGCGACACUUGGCAGCGCCCUGACGGCCAGCAUCCGUUGCAGCGUAGACGCCCACAAUGCGAUUCAACCUUUUGUCAGGGAUUCUGAUUUGCAAGGAUAUCACGACAUAUACAACAUUACCAUGCAGGAUUAUUUGGACACCGUGACUAUUGCACACACGACACAAGCCAACGCUCACCAUUCCCUGAGAGAGCUUCGUGUUUUAUUUCGGCUUCACUGGAUUGCUCGGAAGGUCUUUCUAUGCGACCUGCUUGCACUCCAUUCUGGGUCUACAUGGUACAAUAUUUCCCAGUCACGAAAGACGCUACAGCUCUUGCAAGACCUCGACGCAACCAUUUUUCACGGAGCGCAGGAUCUGCAUACCGCGGUCAUCAGGGAGGAUGUCGGCGAACGCCUCCAAGAGUCAACGGACGCCGACCAAGCUAUCGAACAUGACACCGAAUUGGCCACACCCCAGAAGCAACAUGCCAAAGCACAAAUGCGCCGCUUUGAAGCUGUGGCAAACUGCAUUCGCGUCUUGAAUGCGAAAGUCCAUCUUAUCCGAGAAGACAUUGACCGGUCAUCAUGCAAUCACGAUGUGGCCGAAUUCAGGACGGAAAUCUCUCGUCACUACGAGACUCUAGGCCCUGAGAUACGAAAUCUCCUGGUGGAGUGGGAAAAGGGGCGGAAUACCAUGUUUCUGGGGGUAGGCGGCGAUUUCGACAAUCGUCGUUUAUCUGGCAUGUCCAGCGAUAUUCGAUCCCCUGCUUCGCCUUCCCCGAGCAGCCUGGGAGGCCUGACGAUCGUGGAUGGAGGUCCUGCAGAAGCAUUUAAAUUAUUGAGUGGCGAAGAGCGCGGGGCCUCGGAUGCCGCAGGAUUGGAUGAAGAAGUGUUUGAAGCGGUGGCUCUGCCACGCAAAAGAAUGUCCUGGGCAUACAUGAGUCGAGAGGAAAAGCUGGGCAAACUGCACGAAGACCGGAAAAAGCGGGCAACCUUGCUGGAGCAUGCCGAGAACACGACAAGCAUGUUGCGGGAACUGCAGAUGGUUAUCAAGCACCGCCCCAACACAACCCGAUCCGACAAACGGGUCACCUCGAUAUGA